GGUUUAUCGCGUCUGCUGUCUGUGAGUCAUUUACUCCAAACACUUGCCGAUUGUUUCAGAGGACCGUGGACCUGGAAGAACAUAUCUGACCAAGGUUGGUGAUUUGAAACAUUUUGGUGGUGAUGAACAUGCUGGAAGAUGUCCCGUUUCAGACCGAGCUGGGUCCACUGGAGGAAGAAAUGCAGCUGUUGCCUGCUCCGGACAUUACUCUACCAGACUGCCGACAGAUAAUGAAGGAAACUGAGUACGGAUUCAACCUGGAGAGAUGGAUUUUAACUGGCCAGCAGCCAGUCUGCCAGGCUCCAUCCUGCCCACCUUACUGGUUGAUGUUCAGCAGCCCUAAGGAGAGUCACAGAGUCACUCCCAGGAGCAGCGAUCAGUGGGUCCCCAACCCUCGGCCCCGCAGCCACAGCUUGAACUCUGCAGACGCUCACUGGCUGCGCCAUCGCACCGUCAAGUUCCUCGUAUCUGACUCUGAUGAUGAAGAUGGUUAUCAUGAGGACAAUGAAAUGUCCUCUACUGAAGAUGCCCCUCACCUCAUCAAUUGCAGGGAGCGGCCCCGGAGCGCUUCACUCAAAGGCCCAAUCUCCAGAGUCAAAGACAUGCACUUUGUUGCUUCCCCUCACAACUGUAAGACUGGCUCAGCUCAGUGUUUCAGAGGUCACAGGGGCACGUCUUCUCCCCAAGAGUGCAGACAGCCUCUGCGUGUGCUCGAGCAGCACAGAUCACAGCAAGCCAGCCCGCUCCCUCAGGGCCAGAGGAACAUCAAGAAGAGGCAGCGCUCUUCAGGCAGGAAGUUCUCCCAAAACACACCACCCGCUGGACCUUCCCCACCGAGGCAGCAACAACGACCCUCCUCUGCAGGGCCUGUUUUAAAAAACCGCAGAAAGAAGGUUCUGACGAGCGGUGUGUCUCGGGGGGUUUUCUUUGACUGUGCAGCAGAGCUUUUGACAGCCCUCAGCCAGGAAGAGAGAGAGUUACUUGAAACAAUCACUGAGAAAGGCUACCCUUUAAGAACAGCUAUUCUGGCGCUGCAGAAGACAGGCUAUAGGAGCCCUGAAAAGGUGUUAAAAUAUCUGGUUACCUGUGAUCGUCUGUGUCAGCUGGGUUAUGACCAAGCACAGGUGGAAGAGGCUUUGGAGAUGUUUCAGAACUGUGAAAGCAAGGCUGCUGAGUUCCUACGCCUGUUGGCUCAGUUUAACGAGAUGGGCUUCCAGCAAAGCGCAAUCAAAGAAGUGCUGCUUGUUAAUGAAAAUCACCGUGAGAGGGCUCUUGAGGAGCUCAUGACACGCAUGGCUUAAAUAAGUCAUCACAUUUCCAGUGAAAAGAAGGGAAGGACUUUUACAUCCACUCACUAGAAGAGCACUCGUGAGAGCUCAGUUCCUCCAGACCAGUCCCCUACCUAUAGUUUUAUAGAAAGAACAAUACUUUACAAUUACAAUGAUAACUCUGGCAAGGAUUUACCUCUGGCUG